AGCAGGCUGUUGGCAGGAGGGGACAGCAACAGCUCUACCAGGAGAGUUCUUAGCCACUUCCUUAGCUGUCUGUCAGUCCGCAGAGCAGCUCCAGUGUCCUCAGCUUCUGUGGUUCCUGGGGACUAGUGCAGAUUCCCAGGAGAUCAGAGAUGUCCACAGAAGACGAAGAAGAAAAGCUCAUCUAUGAGGCAGUGUUAAAUCAUUUCAAGAGCUGCAGAGUGGAGAUCUCACAUGCAAUAACGCACACAUUUCCUUUCCUGCAUGGCCUCCGUGACCGUGGACUCAUCACGGAUAGAAUGUUUCAGGAUGCUGAAGAAUCUUGGAGAAACAUGAUGCCUGUUGAACAUGUGGUGUAUGAUGUUCUUGAGAAACUGGAGAAGUUUGACGAGACUGUUUUCGAGGCAGUGUUCAGCGAGGUCAACCUGCAGGAAUACCCCAAAUUAGUUCCUGUUCGUAAAAGCUUUGAAAUUGAAGUCAACCGCAAGCUUCAAUUCCAGAACAAUGUCAGAGGCCACAUAGAGGAGAAUUCCAGGAUUCAGCUGCCACUGGAACAAGGUUCAGUAUCCCCUGGCCCUGUAAUCCACAUGAACUCCUCUCCUUUGCUUCUGAUGGAUAUAAAGAAGGAAAGGGCAAUUUUAGACUCAGGAGCCCAAGCAGGAACUGACUGCAAGCAGCCCUCUGAGAUCAUAGUCAUCCACAGCAAGGAAUCUGAAGCGCUCACCCAUGAAGACCCGCCCCCAGAAGCCUCCACUUCAACCGCGGGAGGUGAGCCUGGAGCAGAGCUGUAUUUGCAUCGACCUGAACAUGGGAAUUGCCACUGUGUCAUGUGCUUCUCAAAGGGAGGCCAAGAAGCACAGACUGGGAGUAACCAAGCUUCUAACACGACAGGACAAAAGCAGAGAUGCAACAAUAAACAAAGAAACCUCCAAGGUGCUAAGAAAGGGACAAGAAGAGUCAACAGUGAUCCUUUGAAAAGAGGCAGGAAGAGAGAGACAAAAACUGUCAACAAUGGUCCUUUGAAAAGACACAGGAGAACAGGUCGAAGAAUUCCCAGAAACACAACUGAAAAAUUUAAGGGUCCUGAGCUUCCUGUCGAAUGUGGACUCAUGAAUGGGAUUCUAUACAAGAAUCUGCUGCAACAAGGCUCCGGUCAGAAGUGUAUACAGGGUGAGGAUGGAAGAUACUUCACCCUGCGAGAAUUUGAAAUUGAAGGCGGCUACGUGACAUCCAACAACUGGAAGCAAACCGUGCGCUGCCUCGGGUGGCCCCUGAAAAUUUUGAUCCAGAAAGGAUUUCUGCAAAACCCACCAAGAAGCAGAAGAAAGAUGACUAUUAGGAGCACUGAGCGGUCUGAAGAAACAAAAACAGUAAACUUACUUACUUCGGGACUAGGGAGAGCAGCUUUCUCUGGCUCUUGCCUGUUGUCGACUUUGGGUCCCCACUCUCUCUCGUAAUGACCAUCAGGAUCAUUCCAGAAACCCCUCAAAACAAACUAACAAAUA